ACGCGGUAGACUUGGUAGUAUCGUUUCUCACGUCAUAAAUAUUAUGUAGUUAUAACCAAUAAUGUCGAAAAUUAACGAAAUUUCCACGGUGGACUUCAGUUCAAUAACUCAAGAUGAAAAAAGUAGGAAGAAGCGGAAAAAACAAAACAAUAUCGUGGUUGAUGACAAUCAAAACAGCCCUUUCGAGCUGGAUCUGGAAGAGAUUUUUUGUUUUGCUGAAAGCGCUCUAAUGGAUGAAAACCUGGUUGAUUUUGAGGUAGUUGCAGAAAACAGAAACAGAAAACCUAAAACAAGAAAAGCGAAGAAAAAAAAUGUAGAAGAAUCAUUAGCUUGGGAUGUCAGUAGUGUUUUUAGUAGUGAUUCGGAAACUUCAUAUGUUUAUACCAAAAGUAAUGACAGUGUAACACAUACAAGAACUAUAAAUAGUGACGGUGAGAUAGUUGAAGAGUUCGUUUGUGCUGAACAUCGAAAAUCCAGUGAAAAAAUCCUCGAUUUAAGCAGAAACCCUCAUAUGGAAGGAAAGGAAAAUAAGCCAAAAAGGAAAAGAAUCAUACAUAACAGAGCACGAUACUUCAACCGAUUAGGUCAUGGCGGUGUGAACCAGUUAGGCGGCGUGUUCGUGAACGGUCGGCCGCUUCCCGAUGUCGUCCGACAAAGGAUAGUCGAGCUGGCCCACAACGGAGUCCGACCCUGUGAUAUAUCGAGGCAAUUAAGGGUGUCCCAUGGCUGUGUAUCGAAAAUACUGUCGAGGUAUUACGAGACAGGUAGUUUUAAGGCCGGUGUGAUCGGUGGAUCAAAACCGAAAGUAGCCACGCCACCAGUAGUGGACGCCAUAGCCAAUUACAAACGCGAAAAUCCCACGAUGUUCGCCUGGGAAAUUCGCGACAGACUCCUGGCCGAAGGAAUUUGCUCGCAGGACAACGUACCCAGCGUCUCAUCAAUUAAUAGGAUCGUGAGGAACAAGGCUGCCGAAAAGGCGAAGCACGCUCACCAAGUGGCGACCAGCGGAUCCACCGGAUCCGGAUCCGGCGGACCGGUGUCCGUGAUAGCCCACGCCCCGGCCACCCAGCUGUCAGAGCCCAGGUCGGGCGCCUACAGCAUAAACGGGAUUUUGGGCAUCCAGCACGAUCCCAACGGUAACAGCAUCAAAAGGAAACGGAUAGACGACCAUGAUGAGAAUAGGGACAUCAACGGUCAUCCUGAAGACGACUUAAAACGGCAGAGGACGCAGUACAAUGGAGACCAACUCUACUCAAACCUUUGGCCGGGUAAGUGGAGUAUCAAGGAUGAACAUAAGCUUUUGUCCGAGCUCGGGACGGGUACGGGGGCGGGCGGUCAAGCGGGCGGCUACUACGACGCCCAUGGAGGCUUCCCGGGCGUCUCUUCGGCGGCGGAUAUCUAUGACACCAUCAACACGAUGAGUCAAACGACCUCCCAAAACCUCUACACACCGCCACUGGCUGGAUCGCUAGCCGAAACUAGUUCGCCGUACAGUGGCGUGGUGGGGUUGGGGUCGGCCGUGGACGGAGCCUCUCCAGGGUUGCCGUUAGCCCUGCCGGCCGAAUCGGGGGGCAGUCAGCCGACGUCGCACACGGGUUCCCCCGAUCCUGCUGCCCUCACAGUCCUGCAGCCAUCUAACGGCUCCACGCAGCACUACUCGACCAUGCUGCCCAGUUUCGGGUACUCCACAGCAGGCACGGUGGUUCCGGGUACAGAUUACGCUUAUAGUACGGCGUACAGUCAGUAUGGAGCGGCAUAUGGCACCUAUGGCUACGGAACAGCUUCCAGCGGGUUACUCAAUGCCCCUUACUACUACAGUAACAACGAGAUGCAGCUGAACGCGCCGCACGUGGUGGGCACGUCGACCGCGAACUCGGAGCAGAGCAGCAGGAGCCCCCUGGCGGCCACUAGAGCAAACUCGCUGGCGUCGGCCAACUCGCCCACAGAAAGCGGCAGCGCGUGCCUCAAAACCGAAAACAUCUACACGCACGACCUGAACCUCGGAUAGAUGGCGCUCGCGUCCCAUUCGAACUCCUCCGAAAGGACUUUAACAAUAAUUUUGUGAAUACGUGUGUAGAUAUUACUAUGAAGUAAGUGUGUUUUGUUUGUAUUCGUGCGAAUACGGUUACGCCCCCCUGUAAGAUAUUUUACAUUGGUCUCAGAAAACUACGAAAAGUUUAUUAUUAAUUUAUUGAUUUAACUACAGCAAAAUGUGUUUUUAUAUUGUAAUAGUUUAUUUUAUAUUUCUUAGCGAUAAGUUACACCAAAGAAUUGUUUUUUUAAGAUUUACGUUCAUUUUGCACCUGUAUCAUUUCUUAUAAUUUUAAUAACUUACACUGUGGACAAAUUAUUUCAUUAAACUGAAAAAAAAUGACACGAUUUGUCUACAGUGAACUGUGUAUAGUAUUUUGUUAGUACAUCAUUAAUUGCACCAAAAACAAUGAUUACCUGACAAAAAAAACAAAAUUUUAAACAAAUCACAAUACAACUAGUCAGAGAAAACGUACUUACCUAAACCUAAAAUUUGUGUUCUCUGAAAAUCGCAAACGAUUUCAUGAAAUUUUACUACUUACACUAAAAUUGCAUGGAAUCGUACAGGUUAAACCAUAAAGAUAAAUUUGACAUACAAAGUAUUAUUUAUAAUGAAAAUAAUGAUUUUUAUUUAAUUUUGUUUAAUGUGUAAUAAUAUACCAAAGAGAUGGCGUACUUAUCAUAGCCGUCAAGGUAUUGUAAGUAUUUGUUUUACAAUGUGAUAGGCCCACAUGUUUCAGGCCCCUCUUGCCCCCUUAAACCAACCCUGUCACAUUCACUCAUAGCUGUAGGCAGUUUAUAUUUAGAAAAAUAAAUUAAUUUAAAA